CUGCUGGCUGGAGGAGGGGCAGCUUCCUGAGGAUCAGGUGCACAUCUGAAGGGAUGAGCUCAUCCUUCUAACCAGACCUGCUGUAGAUGCUGAGUGAAUGUUUUCCUAAUUGCAAGUCCUGCAGCUGGGAGAAGCAGGAAAUGUUGAAGCUUCAGGCACUUUCUCUCUGGCACAGCUGGGUAGUCUAGUCACAGAGGAAAAGAGAAGAGACUUUCUGAAGUUCUGGAUGGAAUAAUAGAAGAUGUUCGGGUGUAUAUUUAAAAACAGCAGCAGAGCAACAACAACAGGAACUCCGUAUAUUUUUCACAAGCUUCUUUGCUUUGUGGAAUCUAUGUCAGUUACUUUGAACGUGGAUUUUUAUUUCAGAGGAUGAUGGGACAAGGCAAUAGAAGGAAGGAAGGUUGUGGUGGAUUCUUGCUUUCUGUCUGCCUCUCCUUUGAGUUGGAAAAAUCUUCAGUCUACAAGAAGCAUUAUAAACAAGCCUAAAGGACAUAUCCUGCCCUGAUCCUGCAUUCUAUUGGAGUUGAAGAUUACAGCCACUUCACAAGAAUUUUAUGAAGGCAGUUCAAGAAAAAUAGAAGGAAGCAGCAACACUUAAAGAUUUCUCUUGUACCAUGUUAAAUUUUGGGCAUUGCUUGAAUCAAGCAGAGGACAGCUCUGUCAUGUGGAUCUAAGGAUACCUGAGUUCCUUGACCUACAUGUAUGAUAUUUUUGAAAGGUUGUAAAUUUAAAGUCUUUCAACAUAAAUUUGUUCAAUUCUGGAUUCUCUUUAUAUUAAAGACUUCAGCAGACAAGAAACGCCCUCCCUAAAAGAUACAAAACCUUCUCUGUGUUUUCAGGUUAAAUGUGAACAAUAAUGUCUUGGAAGAGAAAUUAUUUUUCAGGGAGCCGUGGCAGUGUCCAAGGGAUGUUUGCUCCUCGAAGCUCAACCUCCAUAGCCCCCAGCAAAGGCCUCAGCAAUGAGCCAGGACAAAAUAGCUGCUUUCUCAACAGUGCCUUGCAGGUUUUAUGGCACUUGGACAUCUUCCGACGUAGCUUUAGGCAGCUUACAACUCACAAAUGCAUGGGAGAUUCCUGCAUCUUUUGUGCUCUCAAGGGAAUCUUUAACCAGUUUCAGUGUAGUAGUGAAAAAGUGCUUCCAUCUGACACUCUCCGCAGUGCUCUGGCAAAGACUUUUCAGGAUGAACAGCGUUUCCAGCUGGGAAUUAUGGAUGAUGCUGCGGAGUGCUUUGAAAACCUCCUGAUGAGAAUUCACUUCCACAUUGCUGAUGAAACCAAAGAGGAUAUAUGUACUGCCCAACACUGCAUCUCCCACCAGAAAUUUGCAAUGACAUUGUUUGAGCAGUGUGUAUGUACUAGCUGUGGCGCCACUUCUGAUCCGCUGCCUUUCAUCCAGAUGGUGCAUUAUAUCUCCACCACUUCCCUUUGCAAUCAGGCUAUUUGUAUGCUGGAAAGACGAGAAAAACCCUCACCAAGCAUGUUUGGUGAGCUGCUGCAGAAUGCCAGCACCAUGGGGGAUCUGCGGAACUGUCCGAGCAACUGUGGAGAGAGGAUUCGGAUUCGCCGUGUGUUGAUGAACGCUCCACAGAUUAUCACAAUAGGACUGGUAUGGGACUCAGACCACUCAGACUUGGCAGAGGAUGUCAUUCACAGCCUGGGCACCUGCCUUAAGCUGGGUGAUCUGUUUUUCAGAGUGACAGAUGACCGGGCCAAGCAGUCUGAACUGUACUUAGUCGGAAUGAUCUGUUACUAUGGCAAACAUUAUUCUACAUUCUUUUUCCAAACAAAGAUCCGCAAAUGGAUGUAUUUUGAUGAUGCUCACGUCAAGGAGAUUGGGCCCAAAUGGAAGGAUGUGGUGACCAAAUGCAUUAAGGGGCAUUAUCAGCCUUUGCUGCUGCUUUAUGCAGACCCCCAGGGUACCCCAGUGUCUACCCAGGACCUGCCCCCCCAAGUUGAGUUCCAGUCAUACAGCAGGACGUGCUACGAUAGUGAAGAUUCAGGGAGGGAGCCCUCGAUCUCAAGUGAUACUCGAACAGAUUCCUCAACGGAGAGCUAUCCCUACAAACACUCCCACCAUGAGUCUGUGAUCAGUCACUUCUCUUCUGAUUCUCAGGGGACAGUCAUCUAUAAUGUGGAGAAUGAUUCCACGUCUCAGAGCAGUCGGGACACAGGCCACCUGACUGAUAGUGAAUGUAAUCAGAAACUCCCAUCCAAGAAAGGGUCACUGAUAGAGCGCAAGAGAAGCUCUGGCCGGGUCAGGAGGAAAGGUGAUGAGCCACAGGCCUCAGGCUACCACAGUGAAGGAGAAACACUGAAAGAGAAACAGGCUCCCAGGAAUGCCUCCAAGUCAUCCAGCGGCACCAACAGACUAAGGGAUUUUAAAGAAACAGUCAGUAAUAUGAUCCAUAACAGACCAUCCCUGACUUCUCAGACCAACCUAGGAACUCCCUGUGGAGGGAGGGGAGGAGACCAGACUGACAAAAAACCUCCUCGGAAUCUGCCUUUACACUCUCUUGACUGGGAAGUGGAGAGUACCAGCAGUGAGUCAAAAUCCAGUUCUUCAAGCAAGUAUCGUCCAACAUGGAGACCCAAACGGGAGUCUCUGAAUAUUGACAGUAUCUUUAGUAAGGACAAAAGGAAGCACUGUGGCUAUACCCAGCUUAGCCCCUUUUCAGAGGAUUCAGCUAAAGAAUUUGCUCCGGACGAACUAAGCAAACCACCUGCUUAUGACAUUAAAACUGGUGGACCAAGCUCCCAGUACAAGAUCUGGGGCCCAGCACGGCCAGGCUGUCACCUUUUAGAGCAGCAUCCUCGCCUAAUCCAGCGAAUGGAAUCUGGCUAUGAGAGCAGUGAGAGGAACAGCAGCAGCCCUGUCAGUCUGGAUGCAGCCUUGCCUGAGAGCUCCAAUGUCUGCAGGGAUCCAAAUGCUAAGAGAUCAGCUGGGUUGGUACCUUCCUGGCGUCACAUCCCAAAGUCUCACAGUAGCAGCAUCCUAGAGGCAGACUCCAUUGCAUCCAGGAGUGGCUGGACAAAGAAUCAGCCCCCAUCAGGUGGGGAGAUGCCUUCCAAAAGUGAACUGGAUGAAUUGCAAGAAGAGGUGGCCAGAAGGGCGCAGGAACAGGAACUUCGAAGGAAACGGGAAAAGGAAUUAGAGGCAGCUAAAGGGUUUAACCCUCAUCCCAGCCGCUUCAUGGACUUAGAUGAACUUCAGAAUCAGGUGCUGGCCCUUUCAGGGAGGAAUGACGGCUUUGAGAGGUCCCUGCAAGAGGCAAAUUCAGUGUUUGAAGAGUCACUGCACCUGGAACAGAAGGGAGACUGUGCUGCGGCUUUGGCUCUCUGUAACGAAGCUAUCUCUAAACUAAGACUUGCCCUGCAUGGUGCCAGCUCUAGCACGCACAGCAGAGCCCUAGUCGAUAAGAAGUUGCAAAUCAGUAUUCGAAAAGCACGGAGCCUGCAGGAUCGCAUGCAGCAGCAGCAAUCAUCUCAGCCGCCGUCGCAGCCCUCAGCCUGCCUCCCCUCACAGGGGGGGGCCCUCCCUCAGCCAACAAGUGAACAGCCUAUCCCGCUCCAAGUAUUGUUAAGUCAGGAGGCCCAACUGGAACCCUACACGAACACAGAGUUUGGGGCCAGUUCUUUCACCUUCUCACCUGCUUCCUGCCAUGAGUCACACUUGCCACUAUUCCCAGAGUCAUCUUCUCUGUCUGCUCCACAGCACAUUUCCCCCAGUGGGUCUGCCUCAAACCUUCUUACUUCAGUUGAGGUGGACAGCAUUGAACCCUCUGUGUUCCACAGGCAGAACUUACCUAACACACCGGGGAGAACUGAGAAGAAUUCUCAACAUGGUUGGGAACCAGAGGGUGAGCUGCAAAGCUGCAGUGGUGACAAUAGCAGCUGCACCAGGUAUCCCCCACAAGAAGGAAGAGGUGUUGAUCCAGAACAGCUAUUCCAAGAACAAAGGGAUGCUGCGGACUCAUCCCAGGUGAUGCCUUGGUUACACCCAAGUGGAGCAACCACCUCUGAGAGAGGAAAUGCACACAGCCUAGGCUGCAGUCCUUCAAGUUCAUCAGCUCAGCCCAGCCUUUCUCUGUACAGGGCCUGCCACCCCAUAACGUCUGCUGCUUCCUCGUCUAUGCUUCACUCUCCCAAUACUGUACAAAAAACUAACCAAUGCCUCCAAACCCAAAGCCUCAAAACUUCAUUGAUUUCAGAAGUGGACAGAGGCAACGAGGAUCCCUAUAGGCCAGAGUGUCCCACCACAAAGGGGCUUGUCCGCUCUCUCGCAGAGCAGUUCCAGAGGAUGCAAGGCAGCUCCACAAGGGAUGGUACAGGUUCUCAGGACAGAAAUUUGGCAGAUAGUCUAAGGAAGGACUCUUCGCCUUCUGACUCUAAGCCUUCUUUCCCACAGGGUCAAGGGAAAGGCCACUGGCCUUGGGCAAAACAACAACCCUCUGUGGAUGCUAGGAACAGACUGCCUUCCUGGGAAGAGUCUAAUGAUCAUCUGUCUCUUGCCAUGAACUCUGGGGUGCCUAAGGGUAAAACUUCUAGGGGAGAACAGCCCAGGUUGGCAGAGCCAGGUAUUUACCAUGGGAAACCGUCUCAAGUGAGAGAUGCUAGGCCUAAGGAGCUGGGCAGCACUGACGACUUGGGGACUUCCUUGCCUUUGGAUUCCUGGGUGAAUGUCACAAGGCUCUGUGAUUCUCAGCCUAAACAUGGGGUCCCUGGGCCAGGAAUGAAGUUCUCCUCCCAUGAUUCUCAUACCUGUGUAACCUAUCCAGAAAGAAACCACAUCCUUUUGCAUCCCCAUUGGAACCAAGACACAGAGCAGGAGACCUCAGAAUUGGAGUCACUCUACCAGGCCAGUCUUCAGGUUUCUCAACCUGGCUAUCCUGGAUGGGGGCAGCAGGAUGUGGCCUGGCACCCACUGAGCCAAACUGGAGCAGAAUUAUUGGGCUCUACAGAUGGUGUGGGAAGGAGGUUGCAUUCAGCCCCUGGCCUUGGUCUCUCGAAGACCCCAACAGCCGAAAUGGAGCACAGUCUCCAUGAAGCCAGCACAGUGUCUGCCUCUCAGGCUGCACCUUGCCGAGGCCCCAGCAGGGAGUGUGGGGAGGAUGAUCAGUAUGGUGCAGAGAACUUUCGCCGCAUCUCGCGCAGUCUCAGCAGCACCGUUGUCUCAGAGAGGGUGGAGGUCCCAGUCUCCUCCCACAGUUUUGAUUCAUCAAACUCGAGGAAAAAGCCUUUGGAAACCGGGCACCGUUGCUCCAGCUCCUCUUCCCUCCCUGUCAUCCAUGACCCUCCUGUCUUUCUCCUUCGUCCCCAACUCUACCCACCCCAACCACAGUUCCUGUCCCCAGAUGUCUUGAUGCCCAGUGUGGCAGGGGAGCCCCACAGACCCCCAGGAACUUCGAGGAGUGUCCAGCAGCUUCUGGCUAUGUGUGACAGGAGUGAAACUUCAGAAGGGGUCAAGUACACAGGAAGGACUUUGAACUAUCGGAGUCUCCCCCAUCAUUCCAGAACAGCUGCCUCCUGUGGAUCAUGGUCCGAGACCAACCAGCAUACUGGGGCCAGAUUCCUGACUACUCCAGGGUGCAAGCCUCAAUUAACCCACACUGCCACACUACCAGAAAGACACCAGGACCUUCAGGUUCCUCAUGCUCAAUCCUGGGGAUAUCUUUUCCAUUCACCCUCCCACUUUCCUAUUGUUGACCCUGUGUCCCCAGCAUCAAGCAGUCUUCAUGUACCCCUGAGGUCAGCUUGGAAUUCAGGUCCUGUUUCAGGAUUUCGAGCCCCUGGUCCUCGAAGAGUAGAUAUGCCCCCAGAUGAUGACUGGAGGCAAAACAGUUAUGCUCUGCAAUCUGGGCACAGGAGGACGGGGAGAGAGGAGUUUCUGUUUGUUGUAGCAGAUUCUGCUGGAAGAGAGCAGAUCAGGGCUAGAGCUCUGCAGCACAGCAGGUGGUAAGGGUCAUCCCUGUACUCUUCUGGAGCCACUGCUUUCUCUGGGCUGUGGUAGAGUUGGUACGCUGCAUCCCUGACAGGGCUGUGCUAGUCUCAUCUCAGUAGAGUUGGCAGUUUCUCCUGGGGGAGCCAGGAACCCCUAAAGGACCUGGCUUUUUGAAAAAUAUUUGAAAUUCCAAUUUCCAUUCACCUAGCAAAAGGAAGCAGCUGCUGUUUAGGGCUUUAUUUGACCCACUUUAAAGAUGAAUCCAUAUUACUCUGGAAACUAGCUAUUGCUUAGGAUCUUAGGGUCACCAUUUUAGUUCUGGAUAUCUAUGCCUCCACCUGCACCUAAGCCCUCAUCCUCUGUUCCUUACUAUAUUACCAACAUCUGUUUUGUGUUUUAUCCGCCCAUCCCUGUUACCUGAUCUUGUGAUUUCCUCACCACCUCAUCCUUGGAGGAACAUGUAGCUAUGUGGUCUUAGUCCUGACCACAUCAUUCAGGCUAGCCCAACUGCCCAGACUACCAGCCUUCCCUCUGCUCCCAAACCUUAGGCCUAGAAUGCAGAGCUGCCAACACAGCAUUUGCUCUUCUGAACAGAUGGAGUCAGGCACACUAACAUACCCUCCUGUUGUCUGCAGCAGAGCCAUUACUGCCACUUGCUCAGUCGCCAUUGUAAACCCUCAGAGUCAGCUGAACUAUUUUAGGGUCAAACAUACUGUUUUUGUAAAGUAUUUUUCAUUAAUAAAUCUAUGAGAUAGUUCUAUUUAA